UAUCUCAUGUCGUGAUUUUACCUGAGAUUAUUUUUGCCAGACCUAGUACCUUUUUUAAUAUCACAAAAUGGAAGAAAGCGACUUUAGCGAUAAUCCAGAUGAGGGUGACGAAAAUCGUGAAGAAGAAUUGGACCCGGACAAUCCAGAACAUGCAUUUGCAAUUAUCGAAAGAGAUUACAACAAGACUGUUGCCGAAUUGGAACAAAACCCGGAGGUCGCCCAUUUCGCCGAAGAUUUCAACAAACUGUUCGAGGCCUUCUUUCAAUCGUUUACCAGGCAAAAGGAAACGGAAGAAGAAAAUGAAGCGUUUUGCAAAUUGAUAGAUAAGAACCAGGAACAAUUGGACGCGGCCUUCAGGCUAGCCGACGAAGAUAAAACGACCAUAGAUACGCUGAAGCAGGAGAUCAACAAGGCUUGGAAACUAGCUGACGCGGCGCACGGCAGGGAGCAGUUGGCUCAAGAAAUCAUAGACAAUUUAAGGGCGCAAGUGGAAAAUUUGAAUAGGGAGAUCGAUUUCAAGAAUAUGAUGAACCAAGACGGUGAAGAAGGGGGGGAAAUGACCAAAAACAAGGAUGGAUUGGAGAGAGAACGCGAUAAGCUGAUAAACGAAGUGACUCAACUGAGUACCAAACUGUACAACGCCCUCAAUUAUCAAGAAGAGUUAGAGAAAAAGAAUUCUGACGCUGAUCUUCGUCUCAACGAGAUAUCAGGACAAUUAGAGGAUCAAGCCGCCGAAAUUCUACGAGGUAAACGUGCCAAAGAAAAACUGGAAAACGACCUGUUGGAAAUUUCGUUCAAAAUAGAAGACAAGGAGGCGGCGUUGCACGAACUGAACGGCGUGAUUUCCGAGCACACCAAGCGCAUCGCUCGACUCGAACAAGAGCUCAAGGAUCAGAAGACGGCGAACGAUAAAAUCCAAAAAGAAAACGAUCAGAACGUCACUAAGUUGGCAAAGCUGCACGACGACCACAACAACAUGAUAUUCGAUUUCGAUAAACUGAAAAAACUGUACCAAUCGAAAAUGGUUGAUAUAAAGGCCGGUGAAGAAGAAGUAAUGCGCUUGAAAAACGACGUGUCCAAAAUAGCCAAGUUGAAGGACGCCCUCGAGAAGAGACUGAUAGUAGUAAAUCAAGAAAAAGACGAAUCUCUGAUGGACAAGAACUCGAUGCGUCAGAGAAUUGCCCUCCUAGAACACGAAAUAGACGACUACAAGCGGUUCGCGAUGGAAGACAAGCGCAUCAUCGAAACGAUAAACAAGGAAAAGGACGUGCUCAACAAAACCAUCCUGAGACAGCAAGUCGUGGCUCGCGACCAGUUGAAGCUUAUACAAAUCCAAGACCAGAGCAAAAAGAAACUCGAACUGGAACUGGACAGUUUCUUCAUCGAAAGCGGUAAGCACAAGAAGCAGAUUCAUCAUUUGGAAGUGGAACGUGAUAGACUCGCGGAAGAACAACAAGACCUGACCAAGACGAUCGAAGACAACCUGGACGACAUUCGCGAAAAGAAGGGCCUCAUUUUCGACCUGAAAAAAACGAUUACCGAGAACGAGAAUCAAAUCAGGCAACAGCAGAACACGUACGAAGCCAUACGUGCCGAUCGUAACGCUUUGCAAAAGUCUGUCCAAGAGGCUACGGCUGAAGGUUGUGAACUGCGUAGGAAGCUGAAGAUUGUGUUCCAUCAAACCGAACAGUUAAAAGAGGACAUUGCGGUGAAGGAAAAACUGCUUAUUAAAGAUGAGAAUAUAAUGAGGAAGAUCGCAAAGGAGAAAGAAAAUCUCAAGAUAGAGGUAAUGUCUGGUAUAAAUCAAAUACGAACGCUAAAGGAAGAUAUCAAAGAGCAAAAAGAAGAAGAAAGACGGUUGCAUAAGACGAUUUUAGACCACGAACGUACCAUUAGGCAGCAGAUUAAAGAUAUCGAACAAUUUAUGAACGAAAGAGAUGUCAUCGGAUCUCAACUCGUAAGAAGAAACGACGAAAUUGCCUUACUGAAUGAAAAAAUAAAGAUCCUUCAAUCUACAUUGUGUAGAGGAGAAACACACUAUGAUCAACGACUUGAAGAUAUUAAGUUGCUAAAGAUCGAGGUGAAAAGACUAAGACAGGAGAAAUUGCUCAUGUCCAAAUCGAUGACGAAUAUGGUCGAUUUCAGGCAGGAAAUCUUCCAUUUAGAACGGGAUUUGACAAAAUCUAGAUUGAAAUGUACCGCUUUGGAACAAGAGAUGCAAAAUCCACUCAACAUACAUAGAUGGAGGAAGUUGGAAGGCUCCGACCCUGAAGUUCUGGACCUGUUACAGAAAAUAAAGAUUUUGCAAAAGAGACUUAUUAAUCAAGCGACUCAGGCAGUUGAAAAGGAAAGGCAAUUGAAAGAGGCAGAACGACUUUACUUAAAUUUAAGAAAAGUAGUAGCAAAACAGCCUGGGCCAGGGCUACAAGAUCAGUUGACGAAAACUCAGAGAGCACUCAAAGCGAGAAGUGAUAGAUUAAAGUGCAUGGUAUCAGAAUUAAACAUGACCGAAUUAAAAUCUGCCGAAUAUAAAGCCGAUUUGCAAAAAGUUACCGAACAAUUGGCGGAACUUAAAAGAAAAUAUUUAGAAGAGAAGAAAGCCAAUAGGGCAAAACGUGCCGCUGCUGAACCAAACCGGGAAAACAGCAGCCAGAUCCACGCAAACGCAGUUCGUUUCUCCGGUGGCGGGUUUCGAAUGACAGUGCCGGAAAUCGCUACAAAAUAAUCCGCUGUGACCCACAACAAAUAGUGUUAAAUGUAAAACUCUGUCUAAAACUGUUUGCCAUAAUCCGCCGAACACGUAGGUAAUACAUUUCUAACGAAUUAACACGAAGUUUUUGUUAUUAUUGUGAAAAAUUUACCGUAAACAUUCGAUAAUAGGUUAGUCCAAAAUGUCAAAGGUUUUGGAGGUUUGUGUUGAUAGUUUGGAGUCCGCAGUUGCCGCUCUUAACGGCGGGGCCGAUCGUCUCGAGUUAUGCUCCUCGCUCAUAGAGGGCGGA